GUGGGGCGAGGACUGCCCUGGGAAUGUGGGGCUCCCCCUUCCCCUUUGGGGGUGUUGGGGCAGGAGCAGUGCUGUCCUAUGGAUGUAGGUGGGAAACAGGAGUUUCUGGCUUAGAUUUCUGUGGAAUAAGGGCAGGGGAGAUAACAGGGGCAUUUUCCAAACUUAGUUUUAGGAUUCUCUGGCUGUUUUCCAUCAGAGCCAGGGGCUGGGAGAACUCUGUCUGGGAACACCUGCUUCCCCCUCUGUCCUUCAGCCACAGGUGCUGCACAGUGUCCCUUGUCCCCUGGCUGUGGCCAUGCAUUUCCCUCUUUCUGCCUGUAAAUCCUUUCCCUGGGGCUGGAGCAGCCCUUGGCAGCAGGAGCACUGGGGCAGAGAGGCUCAGUGUUGCCCUUGUGAGGCAAUACCGGUUGAUUGUGCCCUGUUGGAAGGCGCUGUGUCCCGUUACACCCUUCUCCAGGCAGCAGCACAGGGAGGGUGUCCCAGAGCUGCUCCACACCAGCAUCACCUUGAGCCAUGGAGCCUGUGCCGUGCUCCUCCCAGCACUGCGGAGCAGUUAAUGAUUACCCCCCACCAGCCACCCCGUCCUGCUCUGCCCUUCCCAGCAGGAGCGAGUGCUGGAGCCCAGGAGCAGGAGGAUGCUGCUGCUGCUGCUCCUGGUGCUGCCGGGCCCCUGCAGCUGCCCCCGCACGGAGCCCCUGAGUGGGUCCAGCCCAGAGCCGCUGUUCCGCGGGGCCGAUCGCUACGACUUCGCUGUCGUCGUCCCCGGCGGCGCCAUGGAGUGUUUCUGGCAGUUCUCGCACCAGGGUGGCAACUUCUUCUUCAGCUACGAGGUCCAGCGGGCAACAGGGAUCGGCAACAGCAGGAACAUCCUGGUCACAGCGAGUGAUCCCAAUGGCUUCCAGCUUGGUGUCUCCCAGGAUGUGCGAGGACAGAUCAACUUCCUCACCAAGGACACAGGUUUCUACGAGCUGUGCCUGGACAACCAGCAAAACCACUUUGGCUUCCUGCAGGUGUAUCUUAACUUCGGUGUCUACUACGACGACUUCAACAUGGAACACAAGCAGCCUGUGGAGAAGAAGGAGCUGAAUGACACGCUGGAGGCAAUCAAGAUCAGCAUCCAGAGGCUGCAGAUCCACACCUUCCACAUGUGGCGCUUCUACAACUUUGCCCGGAUGAGGAAAGGGGCUGACUCCUUUCUCCUGGAGUCCAACUACAACUAUGUCAACUGGUGGUCGAUGGCCCAGAGCUGUGUCAUUGUCCUCUCCGGGGUGCUGCAGCUCUACUUCCUCAAGCGCCUUUUCCAUGCACAAACCUCUGGCAGCCAGAAGUGCUAGAUCAGGGCAGGGCUAUUGCUGCCAGUGCCAUGUGACCCUGCUGUGGAAGGGAAGGCCAGAUCCUGCUUCCAGGAGGAGGCUGGAGAGUUCCCCUCCCUCCUGCCUCCAGCUCUAGCCCUGAAAUCCCACCCAGAGAAGCCAAGCACCACACUGUCACCUGAGCUUUGUGUGGCAGAAGGGUUUGUCACAUCCCUGCCCAUCAUUAGUGUCCCAAUGGGCUUUUUCUACCAGACUCCCAAUAAAGGAACGCCUGGCACACUCUGGGGAGUGAUCACUGUCUGUUGCUGCUGUCCAGCUUCUGUGAGCCCAGGAGCAAUCGCCCGCCCAUCUCCCCCUCCCUGAACCUCAGCCCUGGGCUGUAAGCUUCCUUCUGAGAUUCCCUCUGGCCUCAUCCAUCCCCCAAACACAUUGCUUCCCCUCUCUGGAGUUGCACCC